AUGGGAUUGUUCGGUGCCGGCAUAGACCAGGAAAUCUUCCAGAAAGCCUUACCCUGGGACUUGGGUCGUGAGUUCCACGCUUCACUAGGUGAACGCUCUCAGUACUUCCAAAAAGUCAUCUCACACUUCGGCCACUCGAUGCACGACUUCCUGCGUUACGCGGUCGGAGAGCAGAUCGCAGACCCCAGCUUCCAGUCGAACGAAGUCUCCGAACACGCCCGGGUGCAGGCCGAACGACUGGCACUCGUGGUACAGCCACAUCUCCUUGCGCUGAAGAAGACCAAGCGUAAACAAGACAAGCGUAACCUCAAAUCUUGGCUUCACUAUCUGCAGGAGGCGUUCAAGCAAGCCAGCAUCGUCAGGCAGACGCUCGAGGCAUCGAGUCCUGGCCGGUGCCAGUACAGCUGGCCCGUGGCGGGGCAGAAGAUUGAUGAGUUCCAGCACCGGCCAAACUCCCAGCAUGGAGGAGCAAAGGUUCUCUUCCACACGGUGGUGCCUGGAGUGGUGCGCACUGGGCCAGAGGGAGAGCCGGUGACGAUCUGCAAGGCAGUCAUCGUGCCAGCACCGCCUUUGAAGUCGAAGUAG